GAAGCCAGCCAAUUCUCCUUGUGAUUUUCAAAAAGAGAGCAAAUAUGAAAGCUCUGGCGUUUUUGAUGUGUUUGCUGGGCUCUUCACUAGCUGCCCCUGCCCUUGACAGUGGCAGCAGUGAGCAGCAGACUAAUGGUAAUGCUAACACAGCUCUACAGUUGAUGGAACUCUACAGAAUGUUUGGACAUCUGCAGCAACAGGCAGCACCUGCAGCACCCGCAGCACCCGCACCUGUUAAUACCCAGCCUCAAGUUUCACCUCAAGCACCACAGCAGGGCUAUUUUCUCAACCCCGCUUUUUUCGCACCCAAAGGAGAUGAAUCAGAUGAGGAAGGAGCUCCACAGUUUCGUGGGUUUUACCCUCCCUACGGCUCCCAGCCUGCCCAGCCUGCCCAGCCGGCUGCUCCGUUGAACUCAGAUGAGGCCGAAGGUGCAGAAGAAGCAGAGGGUGCAGAAGCUGCAGAAGUUGUUGAAGCUGGUGUCGAACCUGAACCUGCUGGAACCGCUGCAACUGUUGAUGUUACUGCCGUAAACGAGAUCGCACCCGUGGAUGUUGCCAUUGAGGCUACUGCUGAACCUGUUAUUGCUGCUGCUGAUCCGUCUCUCAUCCCUGAGGUACCAGCAGUUGCUGUGGAAAUCGACACCACUUUGGUGGGGCCUGAUGCUACUGCUGGUGCAGACCAGGCGUUGGUGACUGAUGCUCCUGAUGCUGCUCUGCUAGUGUAGUGAUAGAGAUUAUCACAAGCCCCCACUCCCAAGAUCCUAACCAAUCAGUCACAUCGCUGACAUUAAGGCCACACCUCUAUGGUCACACAUGGACUUGGCUAGACAGAGGGGGUGUCUUACUGGCUUGCUGGAACAAAGUGUGGCACAUUCCUGUUGUGUUGUCUCUGAAAAUGUUUCCUGGCAGAUGACAAUUUUUAUUAACCUCACUGUAAGAAUUGAGCCGAUACUGCUGCAGAAAGCGAUUAUUGUUAUGUCUUCUCUUUCAGUUUCUUAAAAUAAAAUGCCUUUUGUCUUACUGCCUUUAAAGGCCUCUUUAGUCAACUGAAAUGUAUGCAAAAGUUUGGAAAUAAUAAAAAUGGA